GUCCCGCGAGGGCCAGCGGACCUCGGGAGGGGGCGCCCGAUCCCGCGACUCCGGCGCCGCUUCCCGGGAAGUUUCAAGUUUGAAAGCCCUGGCGGAGGGGCCGGGGCUUCCGGAACCGGAGUGGUCGAGAGGAGGGGCCGAGCUGCCCGAGUGGCGCCAUGGAAGAGGGGGCGCCGCAGCAGCCUGGGGCGGGCCAGUGGCCCCCAGGGGAUGAGAAAGAGGCGAUCCGCCGGGCCAUCCAGAAGGAGCUGAAAAUCAAGGAGGGUAUGGAGAACCUGCGGCGGGUAGCCACCGACCGCCGCCACCUGGGCCACGUGCAGCAGCUGCUGCGGUCCUCCAACCGCCGCCUGGAACAGCUGCACGGGGAGCUGCGGGAGCUGCAUGCCCGCAUCCUGCUGCCUGGCCCCGGGCCUGGCCCAGCUGAACCUGCGGCCUCAGGACCUUGGCCGCUGGCAGAGCAGCCAAGGGCCCGACACCUGGAGGCUCUACAGAGGCAGCUGCGGGUAGAGCUGAAGGUCAAGCAGGGAGCCGAGAAUAUGACCCACACGUAUGCCAGUGGCACUUCCAAGGAGAGGAAGCUUCUGGCAGCCGCCCAGCAGAUGCUACAGGACAGCCAGCUGAAGGUGGCCCUGCUACGAAUGAAGAUCAGCAGCCUGGAGGCCAGCGGGUCCCCUGAGCCAGGACCGGAGCUGCUGGUGGAGGAGCUGCGGCACCGGCUACGCAUCGAGGCUGCCGUGGCCGAGGGCGCCAAGAACGUAGUGAAGCUGCUCGGUAGCCGGCGAACGCAGGACCGCAAGGUGCUAGCCGAGGCUCAGGCCCAGCUCCAGGAGUCCUCCCAGAAACUGGACCUCCUGCGGCUGGCCUUGGAGCAGCUGCUGGAGGGACUGCCUCCUGCCCACCCUCUGCGUGGCAGAGUGGCCCGGGAGCUGCGGACUGCUGUGUCUGGGGACCCCCAGCCUUCAGGGACACUCGUGAAGCCCACCGCCAUGACAGGGACGCUGCAGGUCCACCUCCUGGGCUGUGAGCAGCUGCUGACAGCUGUGCCUGGACGUUCCCCCGUGGCCGCACUGGCCGGGAGCCCCUCCCAGGGCUGGCUUUGGAGCAGGGCCAAGCAGCAGCGUGGUGGAGGCGAGCUGGCCAGUGAGGUGUUGGCCGUGCUGAAGGUGGACAAUCGCACUGUGGGCCAGACGGGCUGGGGGCCUGUGGCCAAGCAGUCCUGGGACCAGACCUUUGUCGUCCCCCUGGAGCGGGCCCGAGAGCUGGAGAUUGGGGUGCACUGGCGGGACUGGCGGCAGCUGUGCGGCGUGGCCUUCCUGAGGCUGGAGGACUUCCUGGACAAUGCCUGUCACCAGCUCUCCCUCAGCCUGGUGCCACAGGGGCUGCUCUUUGCCCAGGUGACCUUCUGUGACCCUGUCAUUGAGAGAAGGCCCCGGCUGCAGAGGCAGAAGCGCAUUUUCUCAAAACGCAGAGGUCAGGACUUCCUGAGGGCUUCCCAGAUGAACCUCAGCAUGGCGGCCUGGGGGCGCUUGGUCAUGAGCCUACUGCCCCCCUGCAGCUCCCCAAGCACCAUCAGCCCCCCAAAAGGGUGCUCCCAGACCCCAGCCACACCCCGGGGGGCCGCCGACCCUGCCUCGCCCAGUAAUUUCCCGCCCAAGAAGACCCCCUUGCGAGAAGAGAUCCAAUCCCCACCCAAGCCACCGCGCCUCUACCUGCCCCAGGAGCCGACCCCCGAGGAGAUGCCGAGCACCAAACGCCCCCACAUGGAGCCCAGGACUCGACUGGAGCCACCUCUGCCAGCCUCAGCCAACAGGAAACCCCCCCGGCUUCAGGACUUCCGCUGCUUGGCCGUGCUGGGCCGGGGCCACUUCGGGAAGGUCCUCCUCGUCCAGUUCAAGGGGACAGGUCAAUACUAUGCCAUCAAAGCACUGAAGAAGCAGGAGGUGCUGAGCCGGGACGAGAUAGAGAGCCUGUACUGCGAGAAGCGAAUCCUGGAGGCUGUGGGCCACAUGGGGCACCCCUUCCUGCUCUCCCUCCUUGCCUGCUUCCACACCUCCAGCCACGCCUGCUUCGUGACUGAGUUUGUGCCCGGUGGCGACCUCAUGAUGCAGAUCCAUGAGGACGUCUUCCCUGAGCCCCAGGCCCGGUUCUAUCUGGCCUGUGUGGUCCUGGGGCUGCAGUUCUUACAUGAGCAGAAGAUCAUUUACAGAGACCUUAAGUUGGAUAAUCUUCUGCUGGAUGCCCAGGGUUUCCUGAAGAUCGCAGACUUUGGGCUCUGUAAGGAAGGGAUUGGCUUUGGGGACCGGACGAGCACCUUCUGUGGCACCCCGGAGUUCCUGGCCCCUGAGGUGCUGACCCAGGAGGCCUAUACGCGGGCUGUGGACUGGUGGGGGCUGGGCGUGCUGCUCUACGAGAUGCUGGUGGGCGAGUGCCCGUUUCCAGGGGACACCGAAGAGGAGGUGUUUGACUGCAUCGUCAAUGCAGAAGCCCCAUACCCGCGCUUUCUCUCGGUGCAAGGGCUUGAGCUCAUUCAGAAGCUCCUCCAGAAGUGCCCCGAGAAGCGCCUGGGGGCGGGGGAGCAGGAUGCUGAGGAGAUCAAGACACAGCCUUUCUUCAGGACCACCGACUGGCAGGCCCUGCUCGCCCGAGCCGUCCGGCCCCCGUUCGUGCCCACCCUCUGCGGCCCCACAGACCUGCGCUACUUUGAGGGCGAGUUCACAGGGCUGCCGCCUGCCCUGACGCCACCUGAUGCCCGCAGCCCCCUCACCGCCCGCCAACAGGCUGCCUUCCGGGACUUCGACUUUGUGUCCCAGCAAUUCCUGGAGCCCUGAGGGCCUCCCGGGCUCUCUACCCCCUGCCCCCCAGACGGUUGGAGCCUCUGCUUGCCCGCCUUUCUGCCCGCCUGGGCGCCCUGGUAUUGACGAGCCCUUGGGACUCAAGGUGGCGGCCACGGGCUGCUGUCGUGGGCUUUG